CUGUUGCAGGUUUUGCUGCUGAGAGCAGCAGUCAGUUAGUGCGGCCACUUGAGUCACAGCUUGUUGAUCCUGAGGAGGCAAAACUAGAAAGUGAGGUUCAGAAAGGAGGCCCUGUGCAUGAGGAGGAGGAGGGCAUGAAGCAGUGCCAGUUGCCCACAGCCACAUCUGCAGAACAGCAAGUACCAUGGUUUGGCUUUGAGAAAGCUUGUACAUUUGUGAGCCAGAGUGGGAAAAAUGUUGUUGUACAAUGCAAUUACUGCCUUCCAAGGAUCAAAAAUCUGAGAUCAGCUGUUUCCUCCUCAUCCAAUGUGAAGAAACAUUUUGAGAGGGCACACCCUGAGAAGCUGAGAGCAAUUGAAGAAGCAAUAAAGGCAAGGAGACAUGGCCUUCCUGAACCAAUGCAUGACACCCCUCCUCCCAAAAUGCUGAAGCAGCAGCAGACAACCCUUGAGAGGUGGGGAUCUGGCAGGGAGCCUGUCACCCAGAGCAAUCUCGACAGGAGAAUCAUUGAUUUCAUUGUAGAGGAGACAUUACCACUUCAGACUGUGGACAAACCAUCAUUCAUUAAUCUGGUUCGCAUUGGACUCCCCAAAGAUCUCACCAUCAUAUGUGCCAAGACUCUGAGAGACAGAAUUGAGAAGAGUGCAUGCCACAAUGCUAAGCAGUGUGAGGGCUACGAUAAUCCCUACAUGUCAGUGGAUACAACUAGCCUCAUUAUUCCCUCUACAGGCAAUCACAAGCAGAGAGGCGUUCUGAGACAGAAAAGCUUCACCGCCAGAGUAAUAGAAUGA